AUGCUCAAGCUUCUCUCCUCAUCUCACAAAACCCCAACCCUAAACCCUCACAAACCCCUCCUCUUCCUCUCCCGCCUCCUUACCCAAUUCUCCCACCUUCCCUCCGAUUACGACCCGCCGUUUUCUCCAACUUCCAAACCCCAAACCCCCAAAAACAUUACGACCCAGAAUGCUGACCCGAAAAAGGACCCGACCCACCAGCCUCUCAAAUCGGACCUUCCCUUCGACUUCAGCUACUCCUACUCCGAGAUCCCGUCGGCGGAACCCAUUUCCUUCCGGGAGUCGCCAAAGUUCUCUCCUUUCGGGCCGGGUCGGCUCGAUAGGAAAUGGACCGGGACGGCUGCCCCGGCCCAACAAGAACCGGACUUGAACCAGCUGGCGGAGCAGAGAAAACGGGUUCUCGGUGACCCGCUUACGGAGGAGGAGGUGGCUGAGCUGGUGGAACGGUACCGGCAUAGCGAUUGCUCCCGCCAAAUUAAUCUGGGGAAGGGAGGAGUUACUCAUAACAUGUUAGAUGAUAUCCACAACCAUUGGAAGCGAGCUGAGGCUGUGAGGAUCAAGUGUUUGGGGGUGCCAACUCUUGAUAUGGACAAUGUUUGCUUCCACCUUGAGGACAAGUCUGGAGGGGCGAUUAUUUACCGGCAUAUAAAUGUUCUUAUUUUAUACCGCGGUCGAAAUUAUGAUCCGAAAAAUCGGCCAGUAAUACCUGUGAUGCUUUGGAAGCCGUAUCCUCCGAUAUAUCCAAAGCUUGUGAAGAAUGUUGCUGAUGGCUUGACAUUUGAAGAGACGAAGGAGUUACGUAACAGAGGACUAAAUUCCCUCCCUAUCAUGAAACUUACUAGAAAUGGUGUGUAUGUGAAUGUUGUAGAAAGUGUAAAGGAGGCGUUCAUGACUGAAGAGGUAGUGAGACUAGAUUGCACUCAUGUUGGUACCAGUGAUUGCAAAAGAAUAGGCGCGAAAUUGAGGGACCUUGUACCUUGCAUUCCCAUUUUGUUCAAAGACGAGCAGAUCAUACUGUGGAGGGGGAAACAAGAUCAUGAACAAGACUCCCAAGUUCAGUGAUAGAUCUUAGAGAUGGAAAAUUCCCUCUGCCAAUGCAAAUGCUAUAUUCCGCAUGGGGCGGUGGAUUCCCGGUUGUGAAUGCACAAUAUCUGCCUUCGUUGAGGAGCUAACUGUUAUCUAAUUCCUGUCCCAGUACUUCCAACACCCAUGAGCACUAUGGACCUAGUGAAGCUCCAAUUCCAGUGAAGUUAGCUAAAAAGGAAACGAUUUUCCAAAUUGAAACAGCAAUGUCAACCUAACUUUUUCACGAAAGCAAUCGAUCCACAUACGGUACCGGUGGAACUGGAAUCCUAAUUAUCCUACGACACAAGUGCCAUAACCAUAGCUACCAGGAUGAUAGAAGAAUAUUGAUAUUAUAUGUAUCAAUGUAUGUAUAUAUUAUAUGGCACAUGUAACAUAUUAAGGCAGAAUCGUAGUGUGUAUGCUCCUGAGAUCAAGUUCAAAAACAC